AUGAUGAUGAUGAUGAUGAUGAUCGAUGAUGAUGAUGAUGAUGAUGAUGAUGAUGAUGAUGAUGAUGAUGAUGAUGCUGAGGAUGAUGAUGGUGAGGAUGAUGAUGAUGAUGGUGAUGUUGUGUCAACCAACCGGAGUUUUGAGCUUACGCCUCAGUCCGACCCGGAUAUGGUCGAUCAGCACGGACGCCACAGUGUCGCGAAGCCGAGAAGUUGA